AUGGAUGAAUUUAAUGAAACGUUGGAAGGGUUAGAGGAAAAAAUAAAUGAGUACGAUAAGCAGCUCGCGUUGGUGCGUGGUGAAAUAGGAAAAUACGAGCAAGCAGGAAAUGAGGAAAAUGACCAAAUAAAAAAUUUGAAAAAAUUAGAAUGUGACAUGAUAGAAGUUAUAAACUUGACUCGUGAUUUGAUUAACUAUAAAAAACAAAACAAAGUAGAUGAUGAGGAUAAGAACGAACUGGAUCAGAGCAAAGAACAACAUCAUAGAAGUAUUCAUGAAGAUAUUAGUAACGAAUCUACUGCAAUUAUUGGUAGAACUUGUAGCUUGAUAUACGAGAAUAAGAAAAUGUAUGGACUAAUAGAAAAUGUAGCUAUAGAAGAUAAUACUGAGCAAUUAUUAAUCAGCAUUUAUGAAAAUAAUGAAAAAAUUAUGAUACCAAAAAAUUAUGUUCAACUAAACGAAAUUCUGCAUGAAUCCGCCUUGUCAGAAAACAACCAAUUCCAGGCCUUAUAUAAAAAAGACGGGCAAUGGUAUGAUUGCAUAAUUUCGAAAAACACAGGAGAUUCAUAUUUGAUUACGUACAUUGGCUACAACAAUAGCGAAUAUGUAAAGAAUGAUCAGGUAAGAAUUAAAAAAAAAAAAAAAAUUAAAGAAAUUGUGACCCCAGCUGGAUAUAAAAUACCCGAAAAUUUAAUAAUAAAAGAAAAUGAUACAUUAAAAGUUAAAAUAAAAAAAAAAAAGAAAAGAAUUGCCUUAAAAAAAAAGCAAAAAAAUGAACUAAUAAAUCAAGAGUUUGCUAAUAAAACACAGCAAUGGCGAUCUUUUCACGAAAAAGCUGUAAAUAAAAGUAAACACCUUUUAGUAACACAUAAAAAAGUGGAAAAUAUUGAGUAUAAAAACAAUCCAUCCAAUUUUAAUAUUAGAAGAAAAUUUGAUUGCAAUGAUAAUGAAGAGUAA